AAUACUGGAUGUUUGUAAUAUCACAAGGGCAACGCUACACCACAUUUAAGAUUUCCUAUCUUUAUUUGUUAAUGGCUUCAAGCAGAAACUGAUGGACGGAUGUGCUGUUGGUGCUUUCUUUACUAGCCCCGAAGAUGCUGAAAGAUAGAUGUCUGUGAUGUUCUUUUGUAAGGCAGGAAAUGCAAUCUUUGGGGGGUUCUGGAAAUAAAAAGGUCAUGCAUUCUGGAACGAGUGAACCAUUCCAGGCUCUAAGUAAUCAGAGAAAUGAUGAAGAGGCAGUGGUGGAUCGAGGUGGAACUCGCUCAAUUCUCAAGACACAUUUCGAAAAGGAGGAUUUGGAAGGUCACCGCACCCUGUUCAUUGGUGUCCAUGUUCCACUUGGAGGAAGAAAAAGUCACCGACGCCACAGGCACCGUGGACAUAAACACAGAAAACGAGAUCGAGAGCGAGAUUCUGGAUUAGAGGAUGGAAGGGAAUCACCUUCAUUUGACACCCCUUCCCAGCGGGUUCAGUUUAUUCUCGGAACGGAGGAUGAUGAUGAGGAGCACAUUCCUCAUGACCUUUUCACGGAACUGGAUGAAAUUUGCUGGCGUGAAGGUGAGGAUGCUGAGUGGCGAGAGACAGCCAGGUGGUUGAAGUUUGAAGAAGAUGUGGAGGAUGGCGGAGAAAGGUGGAGCAAGCCAUAUGUGGCUACUCUUUCUUUGCACAGCUUGUUUGAGCUGAGAAGUUGCAUCCUGAAUGGAACAGUUUUGCUGGACAUGAGAGCUAACACCUUAGAGGAAAUUGCAGAUAUGAUUCUUGAUCAACAAGUGAGCUCAGGACAGCUCAGUGAAGAUGUCCGUCACAGGGUACAUGAGGCUUUACUGAAGCAACAUCACCAUCAGAACCAGAAAAAACUCAGCAACAGGAUCCCAAUCGUUCGUUCCUUUGCAGAUAUUGGCAAGAAGCAGUCAGAACCAAAUUCCAUGGACAAAAAUGCAGGUCAGAUCGUUUCCCCCCAGUCUGCUCCAGCUUGUGUUGAAAAUAAAAAUGAUGUGAGCAGAGAAAACAGUACUGUUGAUUUUAGUAAGGGACUGGGAGGCCAGCAAAAAGGGCAUAAUAGUCCAUGUGGGAUGAAACAAAAGCAUGAAAAAGGACCUUCACACCAUCCAGAGAGAGAGGUUGAUCUCCAUUUCAUGAAAAAGAUCCCCCCUGGCGCUGAAGCUUCCAACAUCCUUGUCGGCGAGCUGGAAUUCUUGGACCGGGCAGUCGUGGCAUUUGUUCGCUUGUCUCCUGCAGUGUUGCUUACUGGGCUGGCUGAAGUGCCAAUUCCAACAAGAUUUUUGUUUAUUCUUCUGGGACCACUGGGAAAGGGUCAGCAAUACCAUGAGAUUGGCAGGUCGAUUGCAACACUAAUGACAGAUGAGGUAUUCCACGACGUGGCUUACAAAGCUAAAGAUCGCAAUGAUUUGGUUUCAGGAAUAGAUGAGUUCCUUGAUCAGGUCACCGUCCUUCCUCCAGGAGAAUGGGAUCCUACCAUCCGAAUAGAGCCACCCAAAAACGUGCCUUCUCAGGAAAAGCGGAAGGUCCCUGCAGUGCCCAAUGGAACUGCAGCCCAUGGGGAAGCGGAGCCUCAUGGCGGACACAGUGGACCUGAAUUACAGCGGACUGGAAGGAUUUUUGGGGGACUUAUUUUAGAUAUCAAAAGAAAAGCACCAUACUUCUGGAGUGACUUUAGAGAUGCUUUGAGCCUGCAGUGCUUAGCAUCUUUUCUGUUUCUCUAUUGUGCUUGUAUGUCUCCUGUCAUUACCUUCGGAGGACUGCUGGGAGAAGCCACGGAAGGACGUAUAAGUGCAAUCGAAUCUUUAUUUGGAGCUUCAAUGACUGGGAUAGCCUAUUCUCUCUUUGGUGGACAACCUCUGACAAUACUUGGAAGCACAGGACCAGUUUUGGUAUUUGAAAAGAUAUUAUUCAAGUUUUGCAAAGAUUAUGGAUUGUCGUAUCUGUCUCUGAGAGCUAGCAUCGGCCUCUGGACGGCAACUCUGUGCAUCAUUCUUGUGGCCACAGAUGCUAGUUCCCUAGUCUGCUAUAUAACCCGGUUUACUGAAGAAGCUUUUGCUUCUCUAAUCUGCAUCAUUUUCAUCUACGAGGCCCUGGAGAAGCUGUUCCAUCUCAGUGAAUCUUAUCCAAUCAACAUGCAUAACAAUUUGGAACUACUGACCCAUUACUCAUGUAACUGUGUGGAACCCCACAAUCCUAGCAAUAAUACCUUGAAGGCUUGGAGUGACCACAAUAUCUCGGCUUCUGACAUAACAUGGGAAAACUUAACUCUGUCAGAUUGCAAGUUAUUGCAUGGCGAGUACAUUGGCAGAGCCUGUGGGCAUCACGGCCCAUAUGUCCCAGACGUUCUGUUUUGGUCCGUGAUCCUGUUCUUCUCUACGGUGACACUCUCAUCCAUGCUGAAGCAGUUCAAGACUAGCCGAUAUUUCCCAACAAAGGUGCGGUCUAUAGUGAGUGACUUUGCUGUCUUUCUUACCAUUCUGUCCAUGGUUCUAAUUGACUAUGCCAUUGGGAUUCCAUCUCCAAAGCUGCAAGUUCCAAGUGUUUUCAAGCCUACCAGAGAUGACCGUGGAUGGUUUGUUACCCCUUUGGGUCCAAAUCCUUGGUGGACUGUAAUAGCUGCUAUAAUUCCAGCUUUGCUUUGUACUAUUCUCAUCUUUAUGGACCAACAGAUCACAGCUGUUAUUAUCAACAGGAAAGAACACAAACUAAAGAAAGGAUGCGGGUACCAUCUGGACCUGCUCAUGGUGGCGGUCAUGCUAGGUGUGUGUUCCAUUAUGGGACUCCCGUGGUUUGUCGCGGCUACUGUCCUGUCCAUCACUCACGUGAACAGCCUGAAGCUGGAAUCAGAAUGCUCUGCUCCUGGAGAACAACCCAAAUUUCUUGGCAUACGGGAGCAAAGGGUGACCGGGCUCAUGAUUUUUGUCCUUAUGGGCUCAUCUGUCUUUAUGACCAGCGUUCUCAAGUUUAUCCCUAUGCCAGUACUUUAUGGGGUGUUUCUUUAUAUGGGUGCAUCAUCGCUAAAGGGAAUUCAGCUCUUUGACAGACUAAAGCUUUUCUGGAUGCCAGCAAAACAUCAGCCCGACUUUAUAUACCUUCGGCAUGUACCACUUCGAAAAGUCCAUCUCUUCACCAUUAUUCAGAUAAGCUGCCUUGGUCUCCUGUGGAUAAUCAAAGUUUCCAGAGCCGCUAUUGUCUUUCCCAUGAUGGUGUUAGCCCUGGUGUUCGUAAGAAAACUGAUGGAUUUAUUCUUUACCAAACGGGAAUUGAGUUGGCUGGAUGAUUUGAUGCCUGAGAGCAAGAAAAAGAAACUGGAAGAUGCUGAAAAAGAGGAAGAACAAAGUAUGUUAGCAAUGGAAGACGAAGGCACAGUCCAGCUCCCACUAGAAGGCCAUUACAGAGAUGAUCCAUCGGUGAUCAAUAUUUCUGAUGAAAUGUCCAAAACGGCUGUGUGGAGGAACCUGCUGAUCCCAUCUGAGAAUGCCAAGGAGAAGGAGUCAAGCUUUCCUUCGAAAAGCUCCCCUUCCUAAUCACUAUAGAAGCUGAUUCCCCAAAGCACUGAAAGCAGGAAAGAGAAGAAAGCUGACUCAGGGAGAGGUGUUGACAGGGAGACUUGUCUAUGACUUGUGCUCCAGUUUAUUUUUACAAACCCAUAAGAAGAAGAGUGCCACAAUUAUUAAAAAAAAACUGCUUCGAUUGUGUAUUGUAAAUUCUGUCUCUCAACCCUAACUCAUGCAUCCAUACUGUAAGUAGCGCAUUGCUCGUUUCAUUUCCGUGUCCAAACUGUUAAGCAGUGAGAGAACCUUGUGAACAUCUCUGGUAGGUAAAUGCAAGAAUCUGUGUUCUUUGCCGAGUGUUAGCCAUUUGUGAACACUGAAUUAAUGUCAUCAUUUUAAUAUGAACAGUUGUUCUCCUAGAGGGAUAACUCAUGUUAGUUUGUAUUUUACUACUUUUCUGGCUUGAUAAUGCCUGGUAAUUUCAUUCAAAAGAAAUUUGAAAGGGAGCAGCCCUAAUUCUUUUUAAUUUUUGUAGUUUAGCUUUAAUGGCUUGUUUCAAAAGACCCAAAUCAAAAAGGUUAGUUUGGAAAAUGUUUUUAAAGUAAUUCUAUUUGUGCAGUUAUCCUUGAUUAAAUACAAGACAUUUACUAUUUAAAAUUUGUACACAACUGAAGCUUAAAGUCAUUAAAAAAGGAACCUUUUCACAACUUGUAUGAAAGAAUCACAGCCAAUGAUACAAAAUAUUCCUAAUGUAUUUGCUUAAAAUACAAGUUGUGAUUACAUGGUCUAAUACUGUACUUUAUGGAAUACUUUAGAGAUUCCUAGGUCAAUGAAUUCAUCAUUUUAUAACACUUUUUGGGGUUUUUUAGCUAUACACCUUUAUCAGAAAUAUGCUUUUAAGUUUCUCUCUCCCUCUCACUGUUUUCUAUUUGUGAAGUUAUCCUUGAUUUAAUACAAGACAUCACUUACACAUUCUUGAAUGUCACACGGAGAAUCAUUGUACAUUAAAUUGCACACCCAUAUUGUUCAGCCACUAACGAUUACUCACUGCUUAAUGCUGGUUCCAAAUCACAAACUAUUGUUAACCUUCCAGGUGUUCAAUUAUAUAUUUGUUUUCAAAGCUCUUUAUGUUGUUCCAUUAAAUGCAUGCUACGGAAAAAUAGAAUUCAAAAUUGCAAACUUCAGAUAGUGUUCAAGGAGAUUACAGGUAGGGACCCAGAACACAACCAGGUAACUGAAUCUUUACUAAACUUAUUAUACAAGAGGAGAAUAUUAGUAUCAAUUUAGAAGCAUUAUUUGAAAGGACCACUAUUUUUAUUUCAUUUUUAAGGACUUCGAAGUAAAUAAAGACUCAAUCUUGUAACUGUGUUGAUAUUUUUGGAUCCUAGGGAUGGCCAUGUUCCGCAGUCUUGUAAUAUUUCAAAUAUUCAACUUCCAGGACUUUAAAAGUCCACAGAUUUUACCAGUAGAUGAAACACCUCUCCAUAGGACAAUUUUUAUUUCAUAAUCUUUGUCUAGAACCUGGGGAAAAAAUAUUUUCUCCAAGACUGCAUUAACCUUAUCACUGAGGAAAAGAAUUUUCAGACCCUCUACUGUCAACAGAGUCAAUAUUCUAAAUUCUUUUGUCCCUACAGAAUUAUCCAAGAACACUGUAGGGGUCAUUUUUAUGGCUAUUAUAUAUAAAGAAUGCAAAAAAGGAUAUACAUUUAAUAAGUGUGUAUUUAUAAAUGUGGGGAGGGAGGGGAACCCUAGAGCCAUUUCAGUUCCUAAUGUUUUAUUUUGUGUAUUUACCGAUACACUGGAAUAUUCUAAGUGUCUUAUGAUUUAGGGUAGAAGCACCAUCCAGUCCAUUCCCCAAAACAGCCUCCUGGUGUUUUAUGUUCAUCAUUUUUCUGUUUAAUAAAUGAUCCUAGUGAAUUAGAUGUUUCACAUGAUCAUCUAGUCAAAUAUUUAGGAAUCGUCGUAUCCGACAGCAUUCUGUAUUUCUGCGUAUUUUUUUUUACAGUCACUCUGUUCUUGUGUGAAUUUUAAUGCUAUCCCUAUGUUAAUCCCAACAUUUUGAAAUCACACAAAAUAUAAUGUAGAUGUAGUGUUAAAUAUUCACUUCUAAUUUCAUAUUCCUGGUCAAAAUUACUGAAUUUCUUGGAUGUAAUUUAUUACAAAGUUUAAGUAAUGUGUACAUGUGAAUAGGAUAUUGUGUUUUUCACAACUAAGAAAUGUUACGUGGAAAUAAAUAUUUAUCCUAA